UCCGACGACAGUGGUUUCAGUAUCACAGGCGCGACGGAUGGUAGCGCGCAGAUACAAGGUGCCAGCGACGGCCACUCUAAUUUCCAAAUUCACGGUGCCACUCGCGGGCCAGCGGAAAGAUACGUGCAGGGACCUACUGUAGGAUCGUACAACAUCCAAGGAUCAACGGAUGGACACGGUCAGUCGAUCAUUCAAGGUUCCUACGAUAGUAAUUUAGGACCUGCGAAAUCUCUUCAAUAUAACGAUCCCAGUGGGCUGAGAGUGAACUGGAGGUCGUACGAUCGUCGACCACAGCCGAAGGCGCGGCCGGAAGUGCAAUAUUCGGAGACCUCGGUUGCGAGUGUUCCAACAGCAUCGUCUCGACAAAAGUCUCAAGCGUCAAGGCGACCGCCACCGCCACCCGAGCCGCUUCAGCAAUCCAAGCCUUUGGAAAAUGCACCUUCGCAUAUCCAGCAUCUUCUUCAACUGCAAGCGCAGCUUCCAUACGUGAACAUCAUUCCUGAACCGUACAGGUAUGAAAAUUUGAUAGCAUCGCAGGGAAAUCAACAGCCUCGGUACGAACCUCAGUACGAACCUCAGUAUGAAGCCGAACCGCAGGAGGAACCAGCGCCGGAACCACGAAGACCAACUUACCGCGGGAAAUCUCGUGGUUCGCCAAGACACAGACGACAAGCGCCACAGUACAAGCAGGAAGCCGCUCCCGUACAGCGACAGCAACCCCGUAGACUUUCGCAACCACCGGCUGAACCUCCAAUUAACUACAACUCGAAUUUGCCGCCUCAUCUUCAACAAUUGUUGAAGUAUCAGGCUCAAACUCCGUACAUCAACUCGAUCCCCGAACAGUACAGGUGAAUGAAAUAUAUAUGCUUUCAUAUAUUUCAGUAUAUACAUUCCACAAUGAGAUAUAAGAUAAGUCAUUAAAAAUCAAGUUCUGAAUCAUUGUUACAGUGUUUCAGUGUAUGAAUACCACUUGCAAGUGAAGAUGGCGUAUUAAAAGUUUUUUUUUAUAUAAACAGGAUUAGUGUGUAUAUCAAAUUUGUCCUGUCUGCUCCUGGAGCUUGUAUAUACAGAGAAAGCAAAAAUAUGUUUUUCUAAUAAAAUUAUUCUCACUUUGUAGAAUGUACGUACUGAAUUGUGACAAUGAUUGAGAAUUUAAUUUUUAAAGACUCUUGUAUCACAUUAUAUUUCAUUAUGGGAUACUUACCGAAUUGUUUUUACUUAUUUUAUUUAUAUUAUAUAUAAUAUUAUACUAUUAUGUUAAUGUUGUCUUUUUUUCAAAUUUAAUCAUUCAACUGGCAAUAAUUAAAAAAAAAAUAAUAAAAUUUUGUACAGUAUCAAAAAGACAAUAUUACU